AUGUUUUCUGACGUUCCUGAGAGUCCAACAGCAGCUAAUUUGGCGGACAUUUUCAUAGAAGCCGGCGCCAACCUUAACGCCAUCGAUUUUAGUCAAUGCGGCGAGGCCUUGAAGUUCAUCAUGGAGCCAAACCCCGAGGAGGAGUAUGCGGAGUUUUUUGAUGUUAGUCCCAUGGUACACUUAAUAGUAUCGCACAUCAUCGAGUUGAAUUGGAUAUGGUUACCGGCAAGACCAAGAUGGAGUUACUUCAAGGACGAUCGCAUCCUUCUCAUCGAAAUGCGCAGUUGCAUGCACGAAGCCCCAUUAAUGCACUUGGAAUCGAUAUUCUGUCACUUUUUGCGUGGCUUCGUUCAUAACCCUGUGCUUACCACGACAACCAUGAGCAGUCGGUUAACAUCUACAGAUACCAUCCCAGACAUAGCAAUUGCAAUAGCUGUACCAAAUACGGACUACAAUUGGAUUCGUAAGCCUCUUGUCAUCGUGGAAUGUGCAUUUGCACAGGACACAGAUUCAGUUCUUCGGAAAAUCAAACAUGAAAUCGCCGGCCAACCAGAAGUUUUGAUGGUCAUAUUGGUUGUAAUUGAUGAACAUCAACCAUAUCGCUCGCCUGAACGUAUGUCCGAAGCAUGGCAGAUGCUAAGCCAGGAGGCAUCAUGUCGCUCAGAUUCUUCGUUCGCUUCGCUUAAAGGGGAUGCAGCACGAUCUUACAAUCAUCGCGUCGUGAUCGCAGGUCAUACAUGGUGUCACCUUGGCUCUGUUCGAUUUCACGUUUGGGUGCGGGGGAAUGAACCAAUCAACAUUGAUGAUGAUGAUGAACUGCAUGCAUGUGGUACAUUGCUUCCAAACCGAGAUAUGGAUGCGGUCGAUACCAUGAUCGAGAAUGGCAUGGUGAUGAUGCGGGACUCUAUUGCAAUUGUCUGCCAGGAGGUGGCUCUGGGCCGUGACGUUACUGCCCUUCAAGACACUGUCGUUGCUGCCCUUCAAGAUACUGUCAUUGCUGCCCUUCAAGACACUGUCGUUUCUUUCAGCCCUGAUUGGGACCUCCUGCUGAUGAAAUUGAAUUUUGCGGUCGCGGAGGCUGCCUAUCACCGGUACCAUUCAUGGUACAAAUCGUCCCCCUGA